AUGGCGCGGCAAGCACCUCCUGCCAGCAUUACUUUAGCGUCAUCCCGGAAGGGACUAUUACCGCGAUUCCCAAAACGUUCUGGUUUAUAUGCAGGCACCUGGCUGAGACAGAGGGGUGUUAGGAUAUUACAAGCCCAUCUGGAGCCAGUUGUAGGCAAUUCAGAAAGGCGUCAGCACUUUCAGGAUUGUGAUGAUCCCGCAACUGUAGUUUCUGCGGACCUCGUUUUCGACUGCACUGGAGCAAAAGACAACGGAUCCACAGCGGCUUUAGUGCUAGGUGGAUUGUGUGACGCAAGCAUUAUGCAGAAAGAUGGUUCCUUGCUGACUCUUAGCACGCUGCAACUACCGCAGGCAAGCCAUGUUUUCAUCGCUGGGGAUGCGGGCAGAAUUCCGGGUGAGCUAGAUAUCAGUGCACUCGCAUGUGAGAAAACUGCAUACGCAGCAGAGGAAGGCGGUGUGCUUGCCGCCCGUAACGUUGUGAAGCUACUGCAGUCCAAACAAACCCACAGAAGCGUAGUCCAAGGCCGAUUGAACCAAUAUCCGAGAGACGCGUUUCCACUGGGAAGGUUUCCACGGCUCGCUGUUAUCAGCCUGUACAAGUAUCAUGCCAUACUUUGCCUUGGAAGUGUAGUCGUCGUGGGGCGCUUACCAAGCAUUAUGAAAUUUGCAAUUGAAGCGUUAGGCGUGAUGGCUGCAAAGAGCAACAGCAUUGCUGCACAAGUGUUCAGGGGCCUGGAAAGAAUAUCAUAUAUGUUUGCAACCUUGUUGUCUAAAAAGGUUCGCAGAUAUGCUUGACCUCAAGGCUGAUGUUGACUAGAAGCACCAGCAUUGCUCUUGAGAUCACUUUAGACCGCGUGCAGAGGCGCUGGUACCGUCGUGUAGAUGCCACCGUCGCCAAAUGAGACAAGAUUUGCAUGCCUUGUCAGAGGCACUGGUGGCAUGGAAUGCCGAGGCUGUGCAUUCGGGGAUAGGGAAGGAGACACGGAAUCUGGUGUGAAUGGGCCUGUUUCGAUACCACGGCAUUUCUUGUAGACAAUGGCGAGGCAGAAUCCGAGCAAGGCAAUCGUUGGAAAGAAAACCGAUCCCGCAUCUGCAUAGGGAUUGGAAAAGUAGGACUCAACAGUCGUUGUAUUGGUGCUCAUGCCGUGUAAAGUUUCGUUCAGAUGAGACCGAAGGCUCACAGAUAAAGCCAAUGACUUUCUCUGCUGAGGUUGCGGUGAGUGACGGUUUUUCUUGUGAACACACCUAUUCUGUA